AUGACCUCGCCCCCGCGCUCUACUGCCGCGGGCAGUCAACCAGCAAUAUGCCCCACCGACACCGAGAACCUCCUCCCCGUACACUCGCAUUCUUCCGAAACACAAGAAGGCGGUCGUAGAGUGAUCGCCAAGCACAGCUGGGACUAUGCAGUACGGAGUGGGACUGCCGGCGGGCUGGCAGCCUGCGCAGCGAAGACGGUAGUUGCUCCUUUAGACCGAGUAAAAAUUCUCUUCCAGGCGAACAAUCCACAGUUUCAGAAAUAUACAGGAUCAUGGGCCGGGGCGGUGAGGGCGAUGCGGGAUAUAUACGCGGCCAACGGCGCACGAGGGCUGUUCCGAGGCCAUAGUGCUACGCUUCUUAGGAUUUUCCCCUACGGUGGGAUCAAGUUCUUGGCCUACGAGCAGAUUCGGGCGGCUUUUAUACCGGAUAAGCAGAGCGAGACGCAUAUCAGGAGAUUCAUGGCUGGGUCGACGGCAGGGAUAGUAUCCGUGUUUUGCACGUACCCGCUUGAGGUGAUACGGGUUCGGCUGGCGUGGGAGACGAAGACCAACAAGAGGAUGUCGGUGCGGGAUAUUUGUCGAAUAAUAUACAAUGAGCACCCGCCUGCUCCAGAGAUUGGGACUGGAACAGCUUCUUUGCCGAAAACAGCGGCCGCAACGAUGGAGGCCACUCAGAGCGCGGUCUCGACAAUCACCCCCAGGUCAGGUCUGGCGAACUUCUAUCGCGGCUUCACACCAACAUUAUGGGGCAUGAUACCGUAUGCUGGAGCUUCCUUUUUGACACACGACGCAGCAGGCGAUUUCAUGCGGUUACCUUCCUUCGCGCAAUACACCGUUUUACCAAUGUCUGAGCGAUCUCAACAACAGCUCGCCCCAAACAAGCCAGCACCCCUCCGCGCAUGGGCUGAGCUUACAACUGGUGCAGUCGCUGGCUUCGUGAGCCAGACUGUCAGCUACCCUCUCGAAGUGAUCCGACGAAGGAUGCAAGUGGGUGGGGUCGUAGGAGACGGCCACCGAUUGACGAUGAUCGAAGUCGCCCGAACCAUUAGGCAUGAGAGGGGCUGGAGAGGGUUCUUUGUUGGGCUGGGCAUUGGAUACGUCAAGAUCAUCCCCUUGGCGGCUACGAGCUUCUAUGUUUACGAGCGGAUGAAGGUGGUUUUUGGAAUCUAA